AUGGAUUUCGUUGGAGGCUUAGCAGUAGUCAUCGUAGCCUUUAUUGGUGUUGUUGCUGUUGCUUCUGUUUUUGAUGUUGUUACUGUUGCUGUUGUUUCUGUUGUUGUCGUUGUUGCUACUGUUGUUGUUGCUGUUGUUGUUGUUGCUGCUGUCCACUUUGGCGUAAUGUUGUUGUCUUCUUGCGAUUCACUGAAGAAAUCUACCACUGAUGAUUGGGUUACGGAGAAAAUCUGA